ACAGUGUGAAUGUUCAUUGCAACAAGUUCAGUUGUGGCUUGAACCUCCUAUCCAGAUACAUUCCAGCGGAGAAAAUCUGCAGGAACAAGACUGUUGAACAGAGAAGUCAGGAAAAAAGGGAUGAAAGCAGGACAGAGACGAGCCCAGGAGGAAAAGGAAAUAAUAUUUAAAAAGAAGAAAAGGAGAACAUGGUGUUCCAACACUACUUGCUGAUGCUGCUAUUGGUCAGCGACCAUGAACUUAUUACAGGUGGCGGAAUUAGCAUCAGUCCUUUUAUAAAGCAUUAUGAGGUCUUAUCAUAUGACAGAGGGGAUCUCCACAGGAAGCACUUAAGGGCCAGGAGGGACACACAACCUCUUGAAUAUACACUGGAUUUGAAUUUUACUGCUUUUCAUCGAGAUUUCCGUCUGCUAUUGAGGCAGGAUCCUGGUGGGUUUUCAGAAGAGUUCACGGUGGUCAGUGAAAAUGGCCCAGCAUUGGCGGACCUGUCCCACUUAUACUCAGGAACAGUAGAAGGAGAGGAUGGAUCGUCCUGCUACGGCUCUGUAUUACAGGGACAGUUUGAGGGAACCAUCCAUACCACCAAUGGCACUUACCACAUAGAGCCUCUUCACAGAUACACCAACAGCAUAGCAGAUCAUCACUCCAUCAUUUACCAGGAAGAGGAUCUGGUUCUUCCACACAUGAUGUCGCGCACUGAUGGAUUCUGCGGUUCCAAUCAUCUUAAUGCCCUCACUGAAAAAUUCAGCCAGGAGGCACCAGUGAGCCGUACGAGGAGAACAGUUGAUGAGUCGAAGACUAGCUGUCUGCUCCACCUUCAUGCUGACUACCUCUACUACAAGAAGUUCAAGUCUGUUGAAGCUGUUGUUGCUCAGGUUGCCCUUUAUAUGCGGGCAGUGAAUGACAUCUACGACAAGACUGACUUUAAUGGAAUCAAGUUGAUCAACUUCAAAAUUAAGACCCUUAGAGUGAUGACAACACAAAACAAGAAGGAUCCUCUUAAUCGACUGUUUAUUGGACCGGAAAGUCUGUUGAGUCUUUACUCUGAGAACAACUGGGGAAACUACUGCUUGUCCUAUCUGCUCACUAACAGGGACUACAGUGGAGUAUUGGGGCUCGCAUGGGAAGGCAAGGCUGGUAACUGGGGAGGAAUAUGUUCACAGUAUACGGGCCUCCGUAAUGGCCGUAUGUCCACCCUGAAUACGGGACUGAUCACGAUUCAGAACUACGGACAGUUCCAGCCUCCUCGACAGGUUCAGUUGACCUUGGCACAUGAACUGGGUCACAGCCUGGGAUCUCCGCAUGAUGAGGGCUCUAACUGCGGCAACCUUGGCUCCUCUGGUGGCAAAGGCCGCUACCUGAUGUUUCCACACGCCACAGACGAGGUGCGCGAAAACAACGACAAGUUCUCCCCCUGCAGCAUUAAACAUAUCAACAAGAUCCUGAAUCUGAAGAAAGAUGAGUGCUUCGUGGUCAAUGAUCAGCCCAUCUGUGGAAACCGUAUUGUGGAGGAAGGUGAGGAGUGUGAUGUCGGUCACAAUGACACAGAUCUCUGCUGCUUCAGUGCUAGAGAGGUUGUAGGAGUCCAGUGUCGACUUAAGCCUGGUAAAGUCUGCAGUCCUAGUCAGGGCCUGUGCUGCGGUCCGAACUGUGAGUUUAAACCUUUGGGUCAGAUGUGCGAAGAGGAGGCCGACUGUGAAAAGGAGAGCAUGUGUUCAGGCCUCUCUCCAUUCUGCCCUGAACCAGACCCCAAGGACAACCUGACAGUCUGCAGCGAGGGCACACGCGUCUGCCUGAAUGGGGUCUGCUCUGAGUCUGUGUGCAUAAAGCACGGCCUGCAGCAGUGUGACUGUCCAGGAUCCAACAUGAAGGAGAAAUGCCACGUGUGCUGCCAGCAGCCUGGUAAGCCACAGACAUGUGCCAGCACCUCCUCCUCGGUUAUGUCCCGUCACUUCCAGAAAAGGUUGCUGCCUCUGGUUGCAGGCGCUCCUUGCUCAGGGAACCAAGGAUACUGUGACAAAUUCCACGUGUGUCGGCUGCUGGAUGCAGACGGCCCAAUUGCCAGACUGAAGAACUCUUUCCUUCAUUUGGAUGAUUUUGACGAUCUGGGGGAAUGGAUGAAGGCUCAUUGGUGGGCUAUCCUGAUCGCUAUACUGGUACUGUCUGGAGUAAUGGGCUGCACAGUCUGCCUAUGUGGCAGGACCUUGAACACUCGGGACCUGGACUGACCCUUCAUAUAUAUGAUGUUGAUUACAAAAAAAAAUUAUUAAUCUCUUUUGCAGACAAUAGGAAUUUAAUGUAUCUGAACAAUGCUAAAGUGAUGCAUUUAGAAAGCCUUGUGCUGUCUUGCAAUCUGAGAUCUUGAAAUGACCUCUGUGGGUGCUAAACACCUGCUCAGCUCUCCUCAUGCUAGCUUGUCACCUGAUAUCUUUGUAUGAUUUAUUUUUAUCUGCUUUUAGCAAUCCUUAGGGAGCUGGUUCGCAGUAAAGGUUCCUCGAUACUUGUGCUGUGGAAAAUGUUUCCAGCCACCAUGCAGACCCUGUGUAGAUUUCUUUAAAGGGUAUUGCAAGCUGUAUUUUAGGUUGGCCAUCUAAUUGCACCUGUUACUGCAAAUGCUGAAGUUAAGUAAGUGGAUUUGUGCAUUGGAUAUUGUCCAUCUUUCCAUCUUAGUUUAAAUUAGUGAGCAUAUGGAAAGGAUGUCUGGAGUCAGGGCUUAAUUAUGUAAAAGGUGAACAUCUGACAGCAGUUCAGAACAGACUUGCAAAAUGA